AUGAGCAGACAACAGGAGGAUCUAUGGAAGAAGCUCUGCUUGGCGAGACCUGGACGAGACCCGGUCUUUUACAAGCCCUUGGCCGAACAACUCGAGAAUCUCAACACCACUGACGAUAUCAAGGAAGAGGAUGUUGCCAGGGAGUCGGAUACAGAUGAAGAAGAUCGACUUGAGUGCGAUGGAGACAUCCUUUUAAAGACGCGAUGGAGUCGUGUCAAGCUGGAAGAGAACAUUCUCAAGACUCCACGCCCAGAGGAGUUUUCUGACGAAUGCAUUGAGCAAGCUUCGCCAAACUCACUAAUGAUGCUGCGUUGGGUGGGCACGCUGCUACUCGGUGUUUCUAUCCUGCUGACGUGGCCGAUUGGCCUGGCAUACCUGCAGGGUUAA